GGUUUUAUUUUGACAGGUCUUACCGGAAGUGUCCUCACAGUGGUAGUGACGGUGUAACUGAUGGAGGUGAAUGGACGUGUUAGCUAGAGGCUUCUUCCUCCAGCUGUGUGUGGUGUUAAAGCAGCAGUCAGCAGUGAUGGAGGUGUUAUAGGUGUUGGCGGAAACACAGAAAUGAUCUUCAACAGUCUGACCUAAAGAGAAACAACACAGACAGCCGAGAGCUGCAGAUGGAGAAUGGAGACCUGGGUCACAUGAUGGGGGAGCCAGUGACUCUGAACGUGGGCGGCUGUGUGUACAGCACGUCUAUGUCCACGCUGCAGCGCUACCCAGACUCCAUGCUGGGAGCCAUGUUCAGAGGAGAACUCCCCACUGUCAGGGACGCACGCGGAAACUACUUCAUCGACCGCGACGGACCACUGUUUCGCUACAUCCUCAACUUCCUGCGGACGUCAGAGCUGACGCUGCCUUGCGACUUCAAGGAGACUGAGCUGCUCAGGAAGGAGGCUGACUUCUAUCAGAUUGAGCCCCUGAUCCAGUGCCUGGGAGACCCCAAACCCUUGCUGCCCUACCCAACGGACAACUACGAGGAGGUGGUGGAGCUGUCCAGCACCAGGAAGCUGUCAAAGUACUCUAACCCAGUUGCAGUUAUCAUAACACAGCUCACCAUCACCACCAAGGUCCAUGCAGUUUUGCAGUCCAUCUCAGGCAGUUUUACAAAGUGGAACAAACACAUGAUGGACACCAGAGACUACCAGGUGUCCUUCACCUUUGGACCGUGUGACCACCAGCAGGAAGUCAGCCUGCGUGUUCACCUGCUCGAUUUCAUUUCCAAAGCUGGUUUUACAAUACGCAACACGCGCGUUCACCACAUGAGCGAACGAGCCAAUGAGAACACAGUGGAACAUCACUGGACUUUCUGCCGUCGAGCUUGGAAAGUCAAUGACUAGCGGACGGUAUGAUUGAUGGACUUUUACUGGCAGACAGGAGAUGUGAUCAUAGUGCCUGCAGACAGACAGAGACUUGUUGGUGGUGGUUGUUUUGUGUUAAUGUUCUGGAAGAUGUGAGUUGUUUUGGAUCAUUCCCUCAGUCUCAUGAGUCUCAUGGAGUUGAAGCACAAGGUGAGGUUAUAGCCCAAUGUAGUACAUUAUCAUGUACUACCACCGCUUUAUCAUAUGGAACGUAUGGCCAAAAGUAUGUGGACAGGCUUCAGUCUUCAUGCUACAACAUUGUCAAUACAACGUCAUCUUUUUCCCGCAUCUUAGUACCCUGUACAAAAAGCCAGAAAUAAAUGGUUUUCCCGGUUUGAGGUGGAAGAACUUGACUUGCCUGCUUCGAGCCCUGACCUCAACUCCAUCCAAAACCUUUGGGAUGAACUGGAAUCAGUGCUGGACCUCACUAAUGCUGCUGUGUAAAUAGGAGCAAAUCCCUGCAGCCAACAUCUGGUGGAAAAACUGAAGCCAGAGGAGUGGAGACUGUCUAAGCAGCACAUUAAUGAACAUGGUUUUGGAAUCACGAUCAACUUUCAUAUCCAGACACUUUUGGCCACACAGUGUAUGGUACAUCUGGCAUAUCAGCACUAUUACAAAUCUGUUGCACAUCAAUGACUAGGAAUUAUUAAUUGCUAAAUUAAAACAAAUCUGGAAAAUUA